GGCUCCGCCCAAAUGAGGUGAGCAAAUGAGGAGGCGCAAUGUUGCCCACCACACACAACUCACUGAAAUGGCUCGGAAACUUGACUCGCUAUUAUCAAAGAUGCAAAACAGCGGCUACUCUAACUGAAACUGAGAGGUGCCUCCUGCACCGCGAAGGACCGAGACUCGGUCCCCAGGUCACCGCAGACAAAACCUUCCGGGUCUGGUGCACAGGAAGCCGCUCGCCUCGCCCCGCCCCGGCCGGCUUCCACCGGGUGCAAGAGACCGUCCGGUGGGGUCGCUGCAGCGAUGGGGACGGCCACAGGCGCCGGCUACUUCCAGAGGGGCAGCUUGUUCUGGUUCACAGUCAUCACCGUCUCCUUCGGCUACUACACGUGGGCUGUAUUCUGGCCUCGGAGUAUCCCGUAUCAGAGCCUUGGGCCCCUGGGUUCCUUCACAAAGUACUUGGUGGACCACUAUCACACCCACCUAAGGAAUGGGUAUUGGCUUGCUUGGCUAAUUCACAUAGGAGAGUCCUUGUAUGCCUUGGUAUUAUGCAAGCGUAAAGGAAUCACAGAUGGCCAGGCUCGGCUCCUCUGGUUCCUACAGACUUUUCUGUUUGGAAUAGCCUCUCUCUCCAUCCUGCUUGCUUACAGACCAAAGCGCCAAAAACGCAAUUAAAGGAGAGAGCGGGUUUCCUCUCCACUUCUUCAAGCCCUCCUUUCAAUGGGUCCUGGGUUCCAUGAUGACCUCUCUGUCUUCUAGGCAGUAUCUAUCUUAGAAACCUGCCUGAGACUUUCUAGUUACUAUUAUUUGGGUGCUCUGACCAACCUUGGAUAGAUCUUUCUUGUUUAAGAAAGAAAUAAGAAAGACCCUGUCCUUCCAGCUCUGCUGACCUCCUGCCUGGAGAAGGACUCAGGCUCCUUUCCUGAGGUCCUCAGCUGAGCCAUUUUCCUGCCUUUUGGCUGAGACACACAAACUAGAUUUGUUUGUGGGUCCACCUUUGCUCUCUGUGGUGAUUUGAAUAUGCUUGGCCCAUGGGAAGUGGCACUAAUAAGAGGUGUGGCCUUGUUAGAAGAAAUGUGUCACUGUGGAGGCCAGACUUUGAGAUCGCAUAUAUUUGCUCAAGUCUGGCCAGUGUGAAACAGUCUCCUUCUGCUGCCUUCAGAUGAAGAUGUAGAACUCUCAGCGUCUUCUCCAGCACCAUGUCUGCCUGGACGCUGCCAUGCUUCCCACCAUGAUGAUAAUGGACUGAGCCUCUGAAACUAAAAACCAGCUCCAAUUAAAUGUUCCUCUUUGUAAGAGUUGUCUUGGUCAUGAUGUCUCUUUACAACAAUGAAAUUCCUAGUUAAGACACUCCCUGCUCUGACUAGUGCCCUCUCCCCUCCUCCCCACUGAUAUCUUAGCUUCUACCCCAAACCUUUUUCUGGUUCUGGACCAAGAUAAAGUAAAACUUCCACAUGACAUCAGUUCCAUAUGCAUCUGAGUUCUUUUGGUUUCUCCUGAAUGUGCUAUUGGUAUUGGGGGUGGGGUAAGUUUGUUUAUUAAUUGGAAUUACUGUUAGGUUUUUUCUUCUUUUACCUUCCUCUCUCUGUAGUGUAUCCUUGAUAUCCAUAAUGCUGAUAAAGCCUCAAAGGUGAAACUACACCGGAUGGUGUACUCGGAGAAGUCCAAUUUCCCUCCUUAGCCCUCUCAGCUCAUUCCUGCCCCCAUGCCCAUAGUUAAGGGGGAGGUUAAAAUGUGUGUAACAGAGAGUGCCUAAGGAGAUGGAAAAGAAACCACCUUUUAUAGACAAAACUGGACAGAGACACUGUCAUAAAAUACCCUUGGUGGUGGUGUGGGUGUCCCUCCCCAGGAGAAUACAGAAUCCCAUACACAGUGUUUUCUGUAGAGACAGCUGGUCAAAGUACUGAAAUAAAUGACUGUGGAGUGC